UUUGUAAAAAGCUGACUAUAAAUGGACUGGUACUCCAUUUCGGCAGUAUUCAUUCUCGCAUCGACUGCAAACCAAGAAGCACCAUGAAAUUCUUCAUCCUGACCGUUGCACUUCUGGCCGUUGCCCAGGCACGCCCCGACUCCUUUGAUGCCAACGCCGAGACGCGUGAAUUUAAGAGUGAUCUGCAGGAAGACGGCAGCUAUUCCUAUCAGUAUCAGACAUCCAAUGGCAUUGCACAACAGGAGCAGGGCGUCGGAGGACACUAUGCGAGCGGCUCAUCCGCCUACUACAGUCCUGAUGGUCAGCUGAUCCAGCUGACCUACACGGCCGAUGAGACUGGUUACCAUCCACAGGGCGCUCAUCUGCCCACACCGCCACCAAUUCCAGCAGCUAUCCUCAGAUCCUUGGAGUACAUUCGCACCCAUCCGCAGCAGGAGCAGCGUCAGGGAAAUCGCUUCUUCUAAGUUGUUAUACCUUGCAAAAACCAGUCAUAGUUGUUUGCAUUUUUAUUUUUAAAACAUUAACUUACACAUUCUGGAAGCUUCAAGCUACCAAACGAAUAAUAAUAAAACGUCGUACAAGCUAUUUUUGUAGCUUCUUGGAAAUAAAGAACU